GGGCUGGCUACCUCUAGAUCUAUAAAUAAGGGAUGAGAAGACUGUCUACAGUCUCCAUUUCAUGCCAGUGUGCCAUUUUGGCUUUCAUUGAUAAACCUCUCUCACUCCCUCUGUCUCUCAUCUUGAAUUGUCCUACCGUUAGCCCGAUUCACACAAUAUUGUGUUGUUGAGAACGCUUUCAAAUAUCAGUGCCUCCCACAAAGAGAUGUCAAGACAAGUCGUAUCGACUGCUGAUCCAGCAGGACGUCCUAAACGUAUCGAGCGCCCAGUUUGGCACGGCACUGUGCUCGAGCAGCACCCAGAGUCCCCCUUUGUGCCCACAAAAGAUGGCCCUGAGAGGCGAGAGGUCGUCUUGCCGCCUGGAAUCUCUCAGCCUGCCUUUGAUGCCGCUCUCAAUGAUUUGAGGGGCCUCCUUGGUCCUGACUUCGUCAAAGUCAACGACAUCGAGCUGGUCGAUGGCGAUUACCACGCAGUUCCGCUCUCACACGACUCGUACCACAUUCUCGACCCUGACGACAUGGUCCCCUCGGCUGUCUGCUGGCCUGGCAAUACUCAACAAGUGUCCACGGUGGUCAAGUGGGCCAACAAGCACAAGAUUCCCAUUUGGCCAAUCUCCAUAGGCCGAAACUUGGGUUAUGGGGGUUCAGCUCCCCGAGUCCGUGGCUCUGUCGUCCUCGAUCUGGGCAGGCGCAUGAACCGAGUCCUCGAUGUCUCGGUUGACAAUGCUGCCUGUCUUGUUGAACCCGGCGUGCAGUACCUGGGUCUAUAUGAGCAUCUCCAGAACAUUGGCGUCGGCGACAAACUCUGGAUUGAUGUCCCCGACUUGCCUGGUGGCUCAGUCAUGGGCAAUGCUCUUGAUCGUGGUAUUGGAUACACUCCCCACGGGGACCACUGGGCCCAACACUGUGGUUUGGAGGUUGUCUUGCCUGACGGCGAUAUUGUUAGGACCGGUAUGGGAGCUAUGCCGGGCUCUGAUUGUUGGCAAUUGUUCCCUUACGGCUUUGGACCCUACCACGAUGGUAUCUUUUCUCAGUCCAACUAUGGCAUCGUUACCAAGAUGGGUGUUUGGCUUAUGCCUAACCCCGGUGGUUUGCGACCAUUCAUGGCUACGUUCCCGAGUGAAGAUGACCUGAGCAACGCCGUUGACGCCCUGCGACCUCUGAUGGUACAAAAGGUAAUUGGCAACGUGCCCUGUCUACGUCUCGGUCUACAAGAUGCCACUAUGUACCACAAAAAGACCGAGUUCCCACUGCAGCCCAAUGGUCUCCUGGACCGGAAAGCAUCACAAAAGAUCAUCGACAAGCUCGGGACAGGAGCUUGGGUGUUCUACGCUGCGCUAUACGGGCCCGAUGAAAUCACCCAGCCCAAAUUUGACUACAUCAAGCGCAAGCUGACCGAGGCCGUCCCUGGUGCAAAGUUCUACGAGCGCAAGGAUGUCGCGCCAACAUCAUACUUGCACGACUACGCCAAGUUCACCGCCGGCAUCCCUACAUGGCGAGAACUCGACCGCAUGCAAUACAUCCCCAACGCGUCACACCUGUUCUUUGCCCCCAUCUCCGCCACCAGCGGCAAAGACGCCAUGGCCCAGGCAGACAUGUGCCGCAAGCGCAUGGAGCAAUUUGGGUUUGACUACCUGGGCACCUUCUUCAUCGGCCACCGCGAGAUGCACCACGUCAUCUCCUUCAUGUACGACAGGACCAACCAGGAGGAGAAGCGCCGGGCUCUUGCUUGCAUCCGCGCUCUGAUUGACGACGCGGCUGCCCGGGGCAUUGGGGAGUACCGGACGCACUUGGCCCUGCAGGAUCAGGUUGCAGCCACUUACGGUUGGAACAAUGGUGCUGCAAUGCGGCUUAACAACAGGAUCAAGGACGCAUUGGACCCUAAUGGUAUCCUCCAGCCGGGUCGCUCCGGCAUCUGGCCUAAGCAAUACCGUGGCAAGAAUUGGGAGAUGUGGGGUGGAGAGCUCAGAUCUCACAGAAGAGACCAGCGUUUAUAA